AUGGAGCAGCUCGCUCCCCGUUUAGCAAUAGCCGUUUUUCUUGCCGUGGCCGCCGCUGCCACGUGGCACGUUCUAGACAACUUCCUGGUUAUCAUCCCUCCGGCGGGAUGCGCGGGGCCCGCAGGGUCUCCGCGGGUGGCGGAGUGCGUGGCGGAGUUCCGCAGCGCGCGACGGUCGCUGGGGGUGAUGCCGCAGCAACAGCAGUACGUCACAGCCGCCAUGCUCGUGCGCGUCGAGGUGCAGGUGCACGGCAUGAUGCGGGUAGUGAGACGGCUAAAGUUGAGUAACAUCUCCAGCUUCACGCCAAGUCAGCAGCACUUCAUCCGAGCUGUCUCAGAUGACUGCCUUGAGCAGGGCGCGGACGCGGCGGAGGAGGUGCGCGAGGCAUACCUGGAGCUGCGCGCGGGGCCCCGCGGGGACGACUUGCGCUUCCAGCUGGCGGCGAUCAAAACGAAACUCAGUAACUGCGUUACCGGGUUCGCCGAGUUCGCACCCGGAGUCCUCAAGACAGAACUGGGAGCCAUUCUCGCGAUGGGAACUGCACAAGUGAAGUCCACUGUAAGCGCCGCCGUCACAAUCGCAUCAGCCUAUAGAGGGUACGGCACUCUCGCGCGAGGGCAGCAGAGCAACCGCCAGCAGGUGGCGCAAACGGUCGGCAUGCGCGCAGGACAAGCGGGGGCGGGUUUGCGCCGGCCAGUGCUGUACCCCGCGCAACAACCCGCGGGGCUGCGGCCAUGGCAGGCGCGGCAAAGUGGUCAAACGGCGCAGGCGGAGUUGCGCCCGACGCAGGCAGGGCAGGCGGGGCAGGCGGGGCAAGCGGUGCAGGCGGGGCAGCAUCUCGCUGUACAGUACAGCACGGGAUCCCAGCCGCAAACCCCGGCGCAAUCGCAAACCCCGGCGCAGCCGCAAAAUGGUUACCAGGUACAAGCGCAAUCGCAACAGCUCGCGUGGUCGCAGGUGCAGCCGGUGUAUGAUUAUAACGAGUACGAGUAUGACGAUCCGAUAGACGGAGGCAGUGACUACCCCACAGGUAGGAAUAGAAGGGGUGGGCAAAAUCAGUAUAAAAGCGCGCAACGGCCGAAAUUGGUUCAGGCGCAAUCGCUGAAUGAGGCGCACCCGUCUGGUGUGUCGUACAGUGUGGGUGAAAAGUCCACCCCAACGGGGGGGAGCGAAAUGUCCCUUGGGAACGACGACGAUUAUAGAAGCAGUAACGACAGCGAACCCGAUUACUACAGUGACGAGUACCAGGAAUCGCAGCGUGCCAAUAGCGAGUAUGAUGAUCUCGAUAAUUUGCCCCAAGACAGCAGCACAUCUCAGCAAGCUGAUAGGAAGUCCGCGGGUUUCACAAGUGAACAUAAUACUGAUUCUAGUAGCGACGGCGAGAAUUUUGACUAUUCUUCUAACUACUCCAAUAACGCUAAUUUCGCUAAGGACGCUCAAAGUAGUAGUGGAAGCGUAAGUAGCGAUUCGUAUGAAGCCGCUGACAGUAGUACGCCGGCUAACGAAGGCAGCGAUCUAGUCGCUGACGGCAACGGUGUUAGCAUUGAGAGCUACCGUCCGGAUUCUCCAGCUACUGGCAGGGAAGCCGACGACAGUGGCUCGGAUUAUUACGAUGACGUUACCGACAAUAACGGCGACAUUAGCGACGGUUAUGGGAGCGGGUCGGACUAUUACAGCGCAUCAAGCGACGGUCCGGAUGAUUACGAUAAUGGCGACGGCGGUGUAGGCAUCGACGUCAGUGGUGGUGGUCGCAGCAGUGUUACCACCGCGAGUUACGACUCAGAUUCUCCAGGUGCUGGUAGUAAAAGCGAUGUCAACGGUGGUGGUCGCAGCAGUGUUACCACCGCAAGUUACGAUUCAGACCCCUCGAUAAGUGUUAUCAACAGCGACGAUAGUGGCUCGGGCUAUUACGACGACGCUGGCGACAAUGGCGGCGACGUUAGCGAUGACGGCGAUGGUUACGACGGUGAAUCAGACGGUUAUGGCGACGACUCUGAUGUUGAUAUUGGUCCCAGCGAGGGCUCUGGUUUGGAUGACGACGCUACUGACAUAGGUGACGGUUUAGAAAGCACUAAUGCUAAUGACUUAGGUGACGGUGCUACAGUCGCUGCAACCAAUGCUGCUACAGUCGCUGCUAUCGAGGAUGGCACAUUGAACAACAGAGACGGCAAUGGAUUGGAUUAUUACGCUGACGGUGCUGACUCCGCUGACUUUUCUGACUCUGAAGACAAUGCUGACGCCGCUGUCUCUGCUGACUUUGCUAACGCUGCUGACACUGCUGACGCUGCUGACGAUGCCGAGGCACCCAACGAUGCUGCGGCACCUGAUUCCGAUGACCAACAGCGGGAUUUCACAGGCUCGCGAAACCGGCACCUUCGCACCACUGACGAUGUUACCCGGCAGGCUUCGCUAGAGGGUGGUUACCACAGUAACAGUGAUGAUCGUGGAGAAAGCGCGGAUGGUUACCACGGUGAGACUGGCGAAGUGGGCGAAGAAGCGGGUGGUUACCACCACCCGGAGUGGCUGGAGGCGGGGCUGUACGAACAGCUGAAGGAGCUCCAGGCGCGCAUGCGCGGAGAGCACGCGCGCGCGGAGCAGUGGGCGGACAGACGGCGCAAGCUGUUAGGACUUCCCGCAGAGACGUGGGGCAGCGACGGUGGGGAAGGGGAGGACGGAGAGGGGGGGGCGGCAGAGGGGACGAGGAGACGAGGGUUCGGGGUGGGGCAAUGGCGGAAACGGAAGGGUGACACGUGGCGGGGACGAGGCGCGUUACAGCGGAGGGGGUUACAGGCGAAAUGGCUAGAGGCGCAACGGGUACAGGCGGAAUGGAUAGAGGCGCAAGGGCUACAGGCGCAAGGGCUACAGGCGCAAGGGCUACAGGCGCAAGGAUUACAGGCGCAAAGACUGCAGGCGCAAGGGCAACCGCGGAAGAGCCUUCCCCCCGCUUCCGGCUAUCCUUCCCCUACACCCGGUUCCGCCCGUCCUCCCCACAUUCCCGCGCACCACUCAACCCAGCGCGCGCCGUUCCGCCUAGCGACGACCAUGGGGAAAAAAACCGCAGAACACCUCCCCACCGCAGGGCACCACUCCCCCGACACCCUGCACCACGCGCCAGGCACGGGCCCCGCGCAUAAGGUGAAGCAGCCUAACCACUGGGGGGAGGGGAAGGGGCAGGGCGGAGGGGGAGUAACGCGCGGGCACCACACACAUUUGUGGCGGAAUGGGCGCAGGGGCGCGCACCACCCCGCGGGGGUGGGGCACCACAAGUGGAAGCGGAAGGGGGACGGCGGGAGUGGCGGAGGGUCGGGGGGAUUGGGGAGCGGGAGUGGCGGAGGGUCAGGGGGAGGAGGGGGGAGUGGCAACGGCGGGGCGUUUAAGGCGGAUGCUGUGGUUGGUCCGGGAGAGAAAUACAACACUGUUGAGGGCGCGCUCUCAGCAGCACCUAAAGAUGGCCGGUUUGUGAUAUUCAUCCAUGCGGGCACAUACCACGAGUCCAUCAUCUUCCGCAACAAGGGGCUCAUCAUGGUGGGGGAGGGGGCGGAUCGAACCAUCAUCACGGGGGAUAAGAGCGCCGGCAGCGGGUCAACUACGUACCGCUCUGCCACCAUUGGUGCCAACAAGGAGCGCUUCUGUGCUUUGGGAAUCCGCUUUGAGAACACAGCAGGGGCGCAGAACCACCAGGCAGUGGCCAUGCGGGCCAGUGGGGACCGCUCUGCCUUCUUUGAAUGCGCCUUUGAGGCCAACCAGGAUACAUUGUACGUGGACGCGGGAAGGCAGUACUACAAGGACUGCUACAUUGGCGGCACCAUUGAUUUCAUCUUUGGUGAUGCAGCUGUGGUGAUAGACAACCCUACCAUCGUUGUUCAUAAGAGCAGCUCCUUUGCAACCAUCACGGCAUCGGGCAGGGAGAGCAACACACCAACGGGCAUUGUCAUUCGCAACGCCAGGAUCUCAGUCGACUCGGGCGUCUCAGAGGUCUACCUGGGGCGGCCCUGGAAGGACUGUGCUCGCACCGUCUUUAUCGACAGCUACAUGCCUGCAGAGUUGGAGCGGGACGGGUGGAGCACGUGGGGGGGCGACAGCAAGGGCAGCUGCGUCUACUAUGCAGAGAAGGGCAGCACGGGGCCGGGCUAUGCUGCAAGCCGGGCCUCGUGGGUGCAUCCUGGGAUCAUAUCUGACGCUUCUCAAUUCGACCCUGAGCCGUUUGUUGACCUCAGCUCCUGGCUGGACGUCUCGGGACAAAACCCCAAGUGGUGA